UGCUGGUUGCUAGCUGCCGCCGCUCGCCCUGCGGCCCGGCCGCUUCAUUGUCACCUGGGCCUCGGAGCCGGCGCCAGGGCCGCGGCGCAAGGUUGCCCGCCCAGAGCCUGAGCCCCGGGCGUUCCAGCUCGGAGGGCCGCGCACAGUGCCCCGCCGGCCGGCCCCGCAGGCUUCGCGCCCCAGGCCCGGCUCGCGCAGGCCCUGCUCAGCCUCCAUGAAGGGCUCCCGGGCCACCAGCGGUCCCUCCGGCGCCCCUGAGGGCAGCUCAGAAGGGGUGGACCUGAGCCUGACCGGCCUCCCUCCACCCGUGACCUGGCGCCCCAACAGUGCCUCCACCGCCAAGCCCAUUGCUCGCUCCUUCUCUGUGGUCACGGGCAGUGAGCCGAGAAGGAAGGCGCUGGAGGGGCCUGGAGGUUCCCGAACCAUCAACAACCUUCGUAGAUCUAACAGCACCACGCAGGUCCACCAGCCGCCAGCCCGCCAGGCCUGGACCGGCCCCUUCAGGCCGGCUGGGCGCCCCCACUUCCUGACCCUCUUCGAGGGCAGCUCUGCUGGGACAAAGAGGCUGGCUGGUCUGAGCAAGGCUCCCAGCGAGAAGGGAGCCACGUGGAACGUCCUGGAUGACCAGCCCAGGGCUUUCACCUUGCCACCCGACUCCCAGAGUCCUAGCACCGUCGACGCACCGGUGGGCCCACGGAAGAGGGAGUGCACCGUUCCUCUGGCCCCCAACUUCACUGCCAACAACAGGAGCAAUAAGGGCGCUGUGGGCAACUGCGUCACCAGCAUGGUGCACAACCACUACACACCCCCGGACAAGGCGCCGCCCCCCAAGAGCUCCAACCACAUGGCUCCCUCCCUCAACAAUAUCCUCAAGGCGGCCACCGGUGGCGGGGAGAGCAGCAGCUCUGCGAAGCCACACAAGAACUUGGCCGGCAGCAGCCACGUGGCCCAGAACAACGCCGGGGGCGCCCCGGGCCCGCUCAGACGGAAGGAGGUGACAGAGGAGGAGGCCGAGAGGUUUAUCCACCAGGUGAACCAGGCUGCUGUCACCAUCCAGCGAUGGUACCGCCAGCAGGUGCGGCGGCGCCGAGCCCGAGCUGCCCGCCGAGAGCACCUGCUAGCAUCAAAGCAGGAGGAGCAGCGGCAGCAGCUGGGAGAGGGGAUCCUGGGCCUGCACCAGCAGAAGGAGGCGGCCAGGAGGAAGGUCCGGGAGGAGAAGGCACGCCAGGCCAGGCGAGCGGCCAUUCAGGAGCUGCAGCAGAAGCGAGCCCAGAAGUCAGGUGACCCUGAGCCUGGGCUGCUGAAGGAGGCCUGGGAGAUGGAGAAGCCCCGGCCCGCCCGGGAGCCAGCCCCCAGACCGGGGGGCACCGCUCACGCCCCGCAGACCCACAAGGCCAACAACACCGGGGCUGGCUUCCGAACCGCGGGCCCAGAGGAACCCUGCCAGUCUGCUUCCAACUCAUCCCCAGAGCCCCGGAAAUUUCCAGAAGACAAGCCUCAGGGUGCCAGCUCCCGGGAUGUGGCCAGUGAGGAUCUGGAGGUGGUGGGUCCUGCCAGGGGCAGGGCCAAGUCCAGGGCGACCCUCGAUGAGCUGCUGGACACGCUCAAGCUGCUGGAGGAGGAGCCCGAGCCACUGUCCUGCCCCAGGGCCUACCACAAGGACAAAUACUCCUGGACCGACGAGGAGGAGGACGAUGCCAGCUCGCUGACUGCUGACAACCUGGAGAAAUUUGGAAAGCUCAGCACGUGCACCGGUCCCCCUGAAGAUGGGACUUUGCUGUCCGAGGCCAAGCUGCAGAGUAUCAUGAGCUUUCUGCACGAGAUGGAGGUGGAGAAGUCGGGGCAGGACCGGCCAGCCUCAGCCCCCCAGGGGCUGGUGUCACAGGAGGGGUGCCUGGAGCUCGCGUCCAUGGGGAGCACAUCUGUAAUGCGGCUGAAGCUAGAGGUGGAAGAGAAGAAGCAGGCCGUGGGGUUGCUGCAGAGAGCUCUGGUGCAGCAGCGGGACCUGACCGUGCGGCGGGUCAAGGAGACCAAGAAGGAGCUGGGCCGGCAGCUGCGCCAGCAGAGGGACCACUACGAGGCCACCAUCCAGCGGCACCUGGCCUUCAUCGACCAGCUGAUUGAGGAAAAGAAGGUGCUGGCCGACAGGUGUGAGGCUGCGCUGGCCGAGUUGAAGCAGGGGAGCGACAGGCAGAAGGACAGGGAGGCCCAGGUGCAGGAGCAGCACGAGCUGGAGAUUAAGAAACUCAAAGAACUAAUGAGCGCCACCGAGAAAGUCCGCAGGGAGAAAUGGAUCAAUGAGAAAACCCGAAAAAUCAAGGAGAUUACAGUCCGAGGCCUGGAGCCUGAGAUCCAGAAGCUGAUCGCCAAGCACAAGCAGGAGGUGAAGAAGCUCAAGAGCUUGCACGAGGAGGAGCUGCUGCAGGCGGACUCGCGGGCGGCCCAGCGCUUCGGGCGCCAGGUGGAGGAGCUUCGGGAGCAUCUGCAGCGGGAGAAGGAGGCACUGGGCCAGCAAGAGCGGGAGCGCGCCCAGCAGCGCUUCGAGCAGCACGUGGAGCAAGAGCAGCGGGCCCUUCAGCAGCAGCGGCGGCGGCUCUACGGAGAGGUGGCCGAGGAGAAGGAGCGGCUGGGCCAGCAGGCGGCCAGGCAGCGGGCGGAGCUGGAGGAGCUGCGGCAGCAGCUGGAGGAGAGCAGCGCGGCCGAGGGCCGGGCUCUCAGGGCCGAGUUCGAGAAGGGGAGAGAGGAGCAGGAGUGCCGGCACCAGAUGGAGAUGAAGACCCUGAAGGACCAGUUGGAGGCCGAACGACAGAUGUGGGAGGCCAGCUGCGCCAAGAAGGAGGAAGCAUGGGUACUGAACCGGGAACGUGAGCUGAGGGAGGAGAUCCGGAGAGACCGGGAUAAGGAGAUCGAGCUGGUUAUCCAUCGGCUGGAGGCCGACAUGACGCGCGCCAGGGAGGAGAGCGAGAGGGCCGCAGAGAGCCGCGUCCAGCGCAUCCGGGACAAGUACAACACGGAGCUUUCAGAGCUGGAGCAGUCGGAGCGGAAGCUGCAGGAGCGGUGCACCGAGCUGAAGGGGCGCCUUGGGGAGGCAGAGGGGGAGAGCGAGCGUCUGCAGGGCCUGGUGCGGCAGAAGGAAAAGGAGCUGGCCCACCUGACGGCGGUGAACGAGCAGCUGGUCAGCGAGAGGGGCAGCCUGGCCGAGGUGCUCCGCCGGGAGUUCGCGGACCAGCUGGCAGCCUCCGAGGAGGAGACCCGGCAGCUCAGGGCCGAGCUGGCUGAGCUGAGGGCCCGCCAGAGGCUGGAGCUGGAGCAGCUCACGCGGGAGAAGCAGGCCGAGCUGCAGGAGGUGCACGGGAGGGUGAAGGUGGCCCUGGCGAAGAAGGAGGAGGCCGUGCGCAGCCUCCGGAAACAGCAUGAGGCCGCGGUGAAGCGGGCCGACCACCUGGAAGAGCUGUUGCAGCAGCGCAGGUGGCCUUUCCCAAGCGCCAAGUGACCACCCGCCGCCCACAGCCCGGACGGGCCGACAACAGCCAGGCUGGGGGUCCCUGGUGCGAGGUGGACCCCAGCCCGGCCCCACCGCCCCCUUCCGUCCCUGUGUCCGGGGCUCAGUCAUCCUGACGCUAGAGCGCCGUGGCUGCAUUUGAACAGUAAA